AUGUCAUAUCGUUAUUAUCUAAGUGAUCUUUGUCGAAUGAUUGAGUUUAUGUAUCAGAAGAAGAAAAAAGAGGAAGGUGAUAUUGCGCAUACCUUUUACCGAGCCGAUAAUAUUAGUCCCGAACAAUUAGAAAUGAUGGGGAAAAAACAGAAAAGUCAGUUUAUAACAUUGCUUGGCUUCGUUUCAACGACAUCUGACAUUGAUAUAGCCAAGGGCUACGCUCAGAAGCAAAGAGUUUAUGCAAACAACGAAAGGGUUUUGUUUGUAAUCAGUGUCAAACCUCACGUGCCGUGCACAGCAUUUGCUUAUAUAGAUCGUAUAUCAUUUCAUCCAGAAGAGAAAGAAGUACUUUUCAGCAUGGGAUCUUCAUUUAUGGUCGAGUAUAUUUUGAAACCAGCUCAAGGCGAAAAUUACCAUAUAAUACAUUUGACAGCAUGUGAGAUUGACAAGUCUCUCGCCGACAACAUACGGAUUAAGGUGGCGAACUGUUCACCAUCAGGUCGUGCCAUCCUACUUGCUCGUUAUCUCGUGGAAUUAGGUGAGUAUCGAGCGGCGCGUAAAUAUCUCGUAUCACUUUUAAGCGAAGCGCGUGAGAAUGGCGUAAUCGCCAAUGAUAUCAGUCUUGCCGGGGUCUACAGCUGUUUAGGUUUGACUUACGCUCGGCAAGGCUUUCAUGGCGAUGCACUUAGAGCAUUUAAACAAACACUCAAUGCACAAGCACGUCUCGAAUACUCAAACAAUAAUGCACUGUCUGAAAUUCAUAACAAUAUUGGUUUAGCCUAUGUUGGCUUGGGUUACAUGGAUGAAGCUGAAGCUACAUUUGAUAAAGCGGUACGCAUGCAAUUGUGUGAACCCAAAUCGAACCAACAAUUUCUUGCUUCCAUCUACAGUAAUAUUGGCUAUGUUCAUCAUAAACAAAAAAGAUACGGUGAAGCCGAAAAAGCUUAUAAGAAUGCUGAAAAAUUUUUCAAACAAAAUACAAACAGAAUUACUCACGAUGCAUUGGAAUUAUCUUUGAUGAAGGCUGAGUUUCUGACGAACUAUGGUAGGUUAUUAAGCGUUCAUAAAAGUACCACAAGCAAUCGUCAUCCAGAGGAUUUCUAUAAUGAAGCACUCAAACUUUACAAAAGUAUUCUGUCGGAUGGUGAUCCAAAAUUGAUGCAAACUUACAUUAACAUAAUGCUUGCAUUUGCUCAAAACAAAUCUUACCAUGAAGUUACAAAAUGUUUCAAAGAUCUAACAGUGCAAAAGUUAAUCGAGAAACAAGAAGCCAAUAUGUUCGAAUUAAACAGCUCCAUUACACAGGCAAGUCUUAGCUCGUUAUAUGAACUUGUCGGGGCGUGUUAG